CUCUGGUAACGUCUGGUGGCAUUGCUUUAUAAUCUUGUUGGUGUAUUUGCAUUUCUCAGGGCCUUCACAGAACAUGCGCAUGUUCAUGUCAAGUGUAGUUCAAAGGAAAUAAUAUUUUGGCUUUCGGGGGCCUAAAAUUAACUAAAAUGCAUAAGUUAAAGUUCUCACAAAGAGAUAAAGUGAAGAAAUUCAUAACUUUUACACACACUGGAGAACAAACUGCAAUAUAUUGUUUAGCACAAAAUGAUUGGAAGCUAGACUUGGCAAGUGAUAAUUAUUUCCAAAAUCCAGAGGCAUAUUGUAAAGAACCAAAAAAUACAGUAGAUAAAAAGAAACUAGAAAUAUUAUUUAGUCGAUAUCAAGAUCCAAAUGAACCUGACAAGAUUACAGCAGAUGGAAUAAUGAAAUUUUUGGAUGAUUUGGAUUUAAGCCCUGAAAGCAAAUUAGUAUUAAUCAUUGCAUGGAAAUUCAGAGCAGAAACACAAUGUGAAUUUACUAAAGAUGAAUUUAUGAAUGGAAUGACAGAUUUAGGAGUGGACAGUAUAGAUAAAUUAAAAGCCUGCUUAAGUAGUUUAGAAAAUGAAUUAAGGGAUCCUCAAAAAUUUAAAGACUUUUAUCAGUUUACGUUUAAUUAUGCAAAAAACCCAGGACAGAAAGGUUUAGAUCUUGAUAUGGCAAUUGCUUAUUGGAACAUUGUAUUAGAUGAUAAAUUUAAGUUCCUCCCUUUAUGGUGUCAAUUUUUACAGGAACACCAUAAGAGAUCAAUUCCAAAAGAUACAUGGAAUUUAUUAUUAGACUUUGCACUCAUGAUCAACCCAGAUAUGAGUAAUUAUGAUGAAGAGGGAGCCUGGCCUGUACUGAUAGAUGAUUUUGUAGAAUGGGCACAACCCCGUAUUCGUCAGUCCCUCUAACAUCUUUUUGUUACGUCUUUAACUUCAUAUAAAAAAAAGCUUUAUUUAUUCAAUUAUAAAAUCUUAUAUUCUUCAAGUGAUACUUGAUCAUAUUUUUCUGAUAGAGCAUCAUUUUACUUUGUGUACAGAAUAUAUAGCAAAGGAGUAUUACAAUUGCUAGGAUCAAUUUAGUGUAUAAUAACUCUGUAAUAUGUAAACAAAAUUAUAUAAGAGAAGAAACUAUUGCUUAUAAGCAAUAAGUUAAUUUCAUAUAAAAUUACAGGUUUUAUAUCGUUUAAUCUCAAAUUAUGUAACUAUUAAAAUUAUACAUAAGAGUUGCAUUAUUAUAUACCUAUCUGUACAAAGUAAUAUGAUGUGAUCAGUUUGUUCGAAAAAACAAUAACAGUAAAAAAAUGUUGCUCAAUUACCGAAGGUAUUUGCAAACAUCGGAAGAAAUCGCUGACUGUGUUCCUUUGCACGAAUUUGGCUUCGAAAAGGAAAAAUCAUAAAAAUUAUUCAUUUAUACCUUUUUGUAGAUAGUAAUUUCUAGAAAUUACGUUGUUAAAAAUUGUUAUUAAAUAAAUUUUACGACACUCUACAGAACACUUGUAAUAUACAUACAAACAAAAGAAAACAGAGAGAGAAAUCUGUAUUUUAAAUGUAUUGCUAUUUCGGCACUGGUAUACUUAUCUUUUUUACAAUCACCGAUUUAAAUGGUGACAGAAAAAGAUUUGUUUUUGUUUUAUUAGUGAAGAGUAAUAUUUAUAUUGUAAUUCUGAGGUAUAAUAGAUGUUAGGGAAAAUAAAUUAAGAAUUUUUUACAAGUUUAAA